AUGUUUUACAGAAUUUCACUUAGCCGACUCAUUGCUCAAUUAGUAAAAGAUUAUUCUCCACUCACUGCCAUUGACGAUGCUCAGGUCGACAAAUGUGAGUUUCUAGUCAGCCUACUAACUGCAUUAGCUGGUAUAAAGAGGCAUGAUGACGAUCAGGAGUUGAACGAAAUCAAGACGACCUGCGCACGGCAUGCCGACCUCUGCCGGCAGUACGCCGACUGCAGCCUCGCUCUACAGAUGAACGACGCCCAGCUGGAGAUCCUCUCCGAGACCGCAGAGACGCUCAGACAGCGCCACGCUUGCAUCAGACGGAUCAUCGAUGAAAAGCCCUAUUCUCCAAAAGAGCUCGAAGCGCUAGAAGCGGAGAUAGCUAGUGUGAUUCGUCAAGUGGCCGUCUGGACGAAGGAACUGGAGGAAGUGAAUGCCAAUCGGCUUGAUAUCGAGAUUCGAUUCAUGCAACUCGGUUCGGAGUUAAAGAAGAGUGUCACCUGUAUGCAAUUGGCCUCUGUCGACUUCGAAUUGAUCCAGCUGCGUCACAACGAACGAUGGAGACGUUUCCUGGCCGAUCAUGUGCCGUCUGACAAACUACUCAUUCUAGUACAGGUCCUGUACCAAAUUUCCAUCCUUUAA